AUGUCACCAAAUGAGACUCUAUUUGUAGAAAGCACUGCUCGGGUUACGAAAGACGUUAUCGCUUCUUCAUUCAUAAAUUUCGAGACACUGGAGUUUCCUGGCCAGAUGGACCCAUUUGAUAGCUCACUUGAUCCAGUAGCUACAUUCAAACGAUGUGGUGCUCUGCUCUUUAUCGUGGAUGCUCAAGACGAGUACGUGGACUCAUUAAAGAAAAUGUCCGAGAAUUUCACGCAAGCGUUUCGAAUCAAUCCGAACAUCAAAUUUGAAGUCUUCAUACACAAGGCCGACGGUUUAACGGAAGAAAGCAGGGUUGAUGCACAGUAUGACAUCUAUCAUAGGGUUAAAUGCGAGCUUGCUGAACAAGGUCUUGAAGACUUCAAUGUGACCUUUCACCUUACUUCUAUCUACGACCACUCAAUCUUUGAAGCCUUUUCGAAAGUGGUUCAGAAUCUUGUGAAACGACUACCUACUUUGGAGCGGUUACUCGACAUCUUCAAUCAGGGUUCUAAUGUGGAAAAGUCCUUCUUAUUUGAUGUUGCUUCGAAAAUCUACAUUGCUACGGACACAACCCCUGUUGAGAUGGCUGCGUAUGAAUUAUGUUGUGAUAUGAUUGAUGUUACAAUUGACAUCUCUGGAAUAUAUGGGGCAAAAGAAAAUGAUGGUGAAGUCCAGAAUCCUUUCGACGAUAAUUCUUAUGCUGUCAUACGGCUCAAGACUGAUCAAGUGAUGUUUCUUCGUCAACUCAACAAGCAUCUUGCUUUGGUGAUGUUUCUUCGUCAACUCAACAAGCAUCUUGCUUUGGUAUGCGUUAUAAGAGGUGAAAAUUUUGAAAAACAAGGACUAAUAGAUUACAAUUUCAACUGUUUCAAAGAA